AUGUCUGCCUUCGGGUGGUGUGCCGAUUACAUAGUAGUGAAGGACGGUGAAGGGCUGAAGUACCAGUGUCCUACUUGUGAUAAGACUUAUAUGUACAAGUACAACCUCCUGAAGCAUCGUAGGUUUGAGUGCGGUGAUCAGAGACCCUUCAGCUGUUCUUUGUGCCCUUACAGUUCCAAGCAGAAGGGCCACGUCAAACGACACAUGUUCAACAUACAUCGAGAUGUCUGGUACAAAGUGGUCCAGAGGGAGAGCGGAGUGGAGAAGUUUCAGUGUUCCUUCUGCGAGAAGGUUUACGCCCACAAGUGUUCUUUGUUCAAGCACCAGAGAUACGAGUGUGGCGACCAGAGACCCUUCAGCUGUACCCUGUGUUCCUAUAAGGGUAAACAGAAGUCCACCCUUAAACUGCACAUGUUCAACAAACACAAGAAAGAGUUUAAAUGA